CGCAUAAGGCUCGUGAGGCUAGUGGAGGGGUUCCUGCCUCGCAUAGGCUUCGUGAUAGUCCUGACGGGACGAGAGUAACGAGAGAUGAAGAUCCCGCUGGAACCAGAGUUACUCGACACUGGUGAGCUGAACAGGUUCGCGGAACCAAUCUACCUAUUUAUAUGUUGGGGAGUGAGCUUCCAAAACUAUGGGUUCGGAAGGAUCGAAAAGGGUCCCAAAUGUGGAGCUAAACCACUGGCAGAGUUUAUUUGAAACGUCUGUAGCUUAAAAUCAAUAUGGGUAU